GUCUGCAUAAAGCAGACAAGAUCCAUCUUUCAUUCCCUUGGAACCCUGGGAUUUACAGGAUCACAGAUGCUGAAACACACAUUCUGAGGCAAUGGCUGCCAGACUCAGCACUUGAAGGGUUUUUGGUUGACCUAGGGUGCAGGUUGCAGUUCGGGGGCCACCUCUGGGAAGGACCGUGAGCAGGUCAGGGCUUCUUUAUUUAGACAUCAGAUGCUUGAUGUGUAAAGAGAUGUCUUCUGCAGCAGAGAGUGAGGAAGAAGAUGAAAUUGAAAUGGAAGUUGAAGACCAGGAUAGCAAAGAAGCCAAAAAACCAAACGUCAUAAAUUUUGACACCAGUCUGCCAACAUCACAUACAUAUCUGGGCUCUGAUAUGGAAGAAUUUCAUGGCAGGACUCUGCAUGAUGACGACAGCUGCCAGGUUAUUCCAGUUCUGCCACAGGUGAUGAUGAUCCUGAUUCCUGGGCAGACCUUACCUCUUCAGCUCUUUCGUCCUCAGGAAGUCAGCAUGGUGCGGAAUUUAAUUCAGAAAGACAGAACCUUUGCGGUUCUUGCAUACAGUAAUGUACAGGAGAGGGAAGCACAGUUUGGAACAACAGCAGAGAUAUAUGCCUAUCGAGAAGAACAGGAUUUUGGAAUUGAGAUAGUGAAAGUGAAAGCAAUUGGACGACAAAGGUUCAAAGUUCUUGAGCUAAGAACACAGUCAGAUGGAAUCCAGCAAGCUAAAGUGCAAAUUCUUCCCGAGUGUGUGUUGCCUUCAACCAUGUCUGCAGUUCAGUUAGAAUCCCUCAAUAAAUGCCAGAUAUUUCCUUCAAAACCUGUCUCAUGGGAAGACCAGUAUUCAUAUAAAUGGUGGCAGAAAUACCAGAAGAGAAAGUUUCAUUGUGCAAAUUUGACUUCAUGGCCUCGCUGGCUGUAUUCCUUAUAUGAUGCUGAAACUUUAAUGGAUAGAAUUAAGAAACAGCUCCGUGAAUGGGACGAAAAUCUAAAAGACGAUUCUCUUCCUUCAAAUCCAAUAGAUUUUUCUUACAGAGUAGCUGCUUGUCUUCCUAUCGAUGAUGUAUUAAGGAUUCAGCUCCUUAAAAUUGGUAGUGCCAUCCAACGACUCCGCUGUGAACUAGAUAUUAUGAAUAAAUGUACAUCUCUUUGCUGUAAACAAUGUCAAGAAACAGAAAUAACAACCAAAAAUGAAAUAUUCAGUUUAUCGUUAUGUGGGCCGAUGGCAGCUUACGUGAAUCCUCAUGGAUACGUGCAUGAGACGCUUACUGUGUAUAAGGCUUGCAACUUGAAUCUGAUAGGUCGACCUUCUACAGAACACAGCUGGUUUCCUGGGUACGCCUGGACUAUCGCCCAGUGUAGGAUCUGUGCAAGCCAUAUUGGAUGGAAAUUUACAGCCACCAAAAAAGACAUGUCACCUCAGAAGUUUUGGGGUUUGACUCGAUCUGCUCUGUUGCCCACAAUCCCAGACACUGAAGAUGAGAUAAGUCCAGACAAAAAUUGUGAGGUGUUCUUACACCUAUUUCUCUUCGGGUACUGAUGCUGAAACUGUAUGUUCAUGCAUAAAACUAUGGAACUGUCAAACAACAUUAGUCUACCACACCAAGUAUGAUAAUGUUACAACGAAGAAUCCGCCAAGAAAAAAAGUGCACAUGAUGUUAUAUCUGCUCCUAUCUGUGUUCUAGAAAAGCCAUAUGAACGCUGAAACUACUGUAAGGGCCUCAGUAGAGGAAACCGAGAGUGGACAAGACAAAGUCUACUAUAAUUACAUAAUGACUAAAGGACAUCAUAUGGUACCUAGUGAGAAUGACAUCCAGGAAAUGGCCAUAUAUGACCCCCUAAGCCUUGGUUUUGACACGAGCUGGCCUGGCACCCACAACUGGGCCCCAGCGCUCUCCUGCUGAACAUCAUCUCAGAGAACAUCCACGUCAGACAAGUCCACUCGGUGACCAUGAUGAAUCAGUUAAGACAAGACAACUAGUAAUCAUGUCUAAACACAGAAGAGACACAAACACUGUCAGAGGCACCACCUCAUGACAAUUAAUACAUGGGACUGCUCCUUAUUUACCCAUCGGUUAACAGAGCAGAGUGCUGGGUUCUCGUCUCCUAGGUAAGAAUUAAGACACGCAUCAGAUUUAUCCUUGCUGCCUGAUACCACCUAACCCACAGCAAAGCCCCACUUCUUAACACCCACCCCAAAACACGAUACAAGCACAAAUCCUACAAGAAGUUCUUUCUAAAAACCUUUUGCGAGAUACUCCAAGGUUCUCCUUGGUUGGUGUUCUCCCUCACUGCAGUAACAACGCACCUGGUGUGUUCCUUGUGGUCUCUGGCUGGUGGGCACUCUCACCUAUUUAGCACUGAGGGAAAUCCAUCAGAGUUGUGGCAUCCCUAAUCACAACCCGAUACGUUAACCUCCAUCCCUACCCCUCAUCUGCUCUUGCUCCUCCUCUUCCUCUACCUAUUCUUCCUAAACCUUCCAGCCCCACUCUCUGCAGACUAUCUAAAACAGUCUGCUACAAAGCAACAAAUGCUCCCACCCUCUGCCUCCUGGCCUUACCUUAAAAGCUCUCCCAGAGCUAAGUCCUUCCCAGGAGUAUGUGUUCUUCUUUCACUCCAUAUUUAUCAAGUCCCAUUAUCUGUCGCUAUUAAGGGUUCCUUUGAUAUGGGGUUCAUGGCCCCUAACUACGUUACUCCAGUUUUCAUGAGAUUUAUAGAGGUCCAGGACCCAAAAAGUGAAGGACUGCCAGACUAUUUCUGGACACUACCCUCAUUUCUCCCUAGUUCACAGUCUCUUUAUCUCCUUCCUGAACAAGAGGGCUACACCAGCCCCCUUAAACCCAGCUUCCACAGUCCAGACAUAGGGCUCUAAGUUAUCAACGUGAUUAAGCUAUGCCACUGUUCCUCUGACUAUUCCCAGCGCAAGAUCCAUAUUUCGUCAGCACAUUACACAAGGGCCUCCGGACCCAUUUUGGUCUCAUCUCUCACUAAUCUCUGCAUCACACUUUACAUUCACCAAACUCUCCUGGUAGUUUCCAUCUAACUGCUCGUACGGGUCACUUCACCCAAACACUUUCCCCACUUACUGAUCUAGCUGAGCAGCUGGCCAUGAAAUGUCUUGGUGCGCAACCCACACCAAGAAAGGCAUUUUGCAUGGCAGUCACUUGUACUUAAAAUGAAGUUUCACAAAAUACAUACCACACAAUCUCAUCUACUGUAUCCUCUUUCCCUGUGUUUUAAUGCUGGUCAUGACCACUAAAUCGAUUUUAUGGUUCACUAAUGGGCACCACCCAGAGUGGGAAAAAACACUGAUCUAUCUCAUCCUUAUCCUUACUCAUCUUUUUUGAUUCAGUUUAGAAAGCCUCUCCUGAUGGCAGAGUUGACUGAAUUUCUUCUAAGCUAUCAUAGUAACCUAGUUUUAUGUGUACUAAUUAUACUAAAAUUUCCUGUUCAUUCUCAGGGUAGAAAACCUAUCCUACUCAUCUUUACACCAACAUGGCUCACCAGAGAACUUAAUUGUGAUAUCCUAGAUUCAAAAAAAUUAAAAAAAAAAAAAAAAAAAAACUAGAGUGGCCUCGUUGAAAUGUGUAUUGUUUACAGGUUUCUUCCUUCAAAUGAACACAGUAAGAAACCAUUUUGAAAUCCAAAAAAUGAGCAAGUUUUACUUUCAUUUGAACCUACUUUAACAGGAUGAAGAAGGUCAAGCCUGAAUACAAGAUAACCUCUGUUAUAAGAUUUUCAUGCUGGCUCACUAAAAUAAAAUUUUAAGUUCAAAGUCACCUAAUAAAUUAACUGCAUUAUAGAAAGAGAUCCAGAAUUCAAAAUAAUCUAGUCAUCAUUUUGAUUAGCCGUAUGGAAAUAGAUAACUAUCUCCAAAAAACUCACGAUUCUAACAUUAUGAUACAAUUGAGAAAGGCAUAUAAGGGCAUAUGUAUAUGCUUGUGUGGAACAGUCAUAAAAACUGUAAGAAACCAAUGAUUUUAUACGGACCUAAGAGUAGGGAUUAUCAGGCUUAGACACUCCUUUUUCCCUCAAUUACUGUUGUAUUCAAUCUUAGAGAAAUCCACAUUCCAACAAAUUUUAUAAACUACAUACUCAGUGAAAUACCUAAUGCAACUGAAUUUAAUUGUAAAUUUAAGCCUAAGACUCAAGAAAUGCAUAAUUUCAUCAUUCCAAAGCUAUUAAUUUGCUUCAACUGCCACAUCUGAUAAUAAACGAUUUUUAAUUAUGGCUAGCAAUACAAAAGACCAUGGGACAUCAUGUGUCAGAAAACUUCUAUGUGUCUGUAUUUUAAUUUUAUGUUAACUUUCAAAGAUUAAACUUCUGUGCUUUA